GUCAUGUUAUCAGUACGUCCAUCCCUGGACGGAGGGUUGUCUACCCUCGAUAUGCGGCUGCUACCUCUACUGCAUAGUCGAUUCGCUGCGGAUAUACGGCACGGUUUAUCUGGCUUUCACCACUUGUCGUUUGACUGUGGCGGAUGACGUCAAUCGCUCGUCACAGACCACGGAAGGUUCGGAGCGAUCGAAAAUCGAAGGGAAUCGGGCCCGAGACCACUCGUUGUAAUUAAUGGCUCGCCUCGAACAGCGUUCCGUGCUAAUUGGAACAAUUUAGGAAUGUAUGCGUCAAUUAAUUCGUCGUGUACGUGAUUUGGGAAGGCUCCAGUCCGCUGUCGUUAAUUAUGAAUUAUCAGCCGCUAUUUUGGCUCGGAAAAAUUUAUUGUAACAUUUGCGGCACUUAUGCCGGUAAAAGAGAGACGGAAAUAUUAAGCGGUUUUUUGGAAAAAUCUCUUUGGCAUUACCACAGAAUAUGUGAAAGUGUUUUUUUUUUUUGGUUGGACUAUGUUCGAUUGUUGCAGCGCAAGGAAUUCAAACAUGUUUUUUUUUAAAGCAAAGUUGAAAGUCCUUUUUACUUAAUAUCCAUUUUCGUGGGGUCUUUGAUCCAAUAGUUUUCGGUUUUUACAAUUCCUAUACUAUUAUCGACAAAAUUAACGUUUAAGGUUCAUAAUGACGUAGUGCAACUAUCUGUCUGUUUUUUUUUUGUUUGAAACGUUACAAUAUUUAUGUCUUUUGAUAAUCUCUCCCUUGUUUUUUAUCUAUAAUAAUUAUUUAGUUGAUUUUAAGUACUCGAUAAUGAUACUCAACAUUGUUUUCUUUUGGAAAAGUUUAUUCGAAUUUUCUGAGACAUAACAAAUGUCGCUCAGAACCAAAAAAAAAAUCGCGGAAAAUUCCUAGGUGGAAUUAGUUAUUUUCUUUAAAAAAAAAUGAAUAGUAUUUGGAGUUUUUCUCAAAGAAAAAUACGGUUUCGAAUGACAAAAUAUGGUAUAUUGUGGUUUUAUGGAAUUCUAACCGAAAUUUAACUUUUGUUCCAGGAACUUAUGACACGCAUAUUUUGCGAUUUAAAAUUCCAUCUAUCGUCAUACUGCGAGCACAAAGUUUCACCUCCCAAAUAUGUAAUUAUGAAGAGUGUCGAUUAUUAUGUCUAAAAUUACUUUGCCAGAAAUGCUCGGAAUGUUGUAAAAGUGUUGACUCACAUGAAACAUUCUAAAAGGAGAUGUCCAUACAUGAAUUAUUUAGUAAGGCUUUUAUUGAAAAGAAUAAAAUAUAUUGUUGCUUAUAAUAGCAUAAUAAUAUUUAUUUUAUAUUUGCACAAUGACGUCCAACAUAAGAUACUUCCGUGUUACUCUUUUCAGGGAACUUUUAUGGACAUAGUUUACUCUCUCAAGUCAAUCAAGGGUUGGGAAAAUAGCUGGAGACUAAUCAAGAUCUCUUCUUCCCAAGUUGUGUAUAUAAUAUUUUUCCUACUCAACAGAUCUACGAAAUCAGUAUUUAUUUAUGGAACUGCUUCUAUUUAAUCAAUAUCCAAUUGCGUGUAUCCAUACGGCAGUAUUCACUUACAUACCAAUGAAUUUUCCCAAAAUUUUGAAUAGUCGCCUAGAAUUCGUGAAAACUCUCAAAAAUUUCCUGUAAUACCUUCGGUCGUUUCAACUGAUUUUCUUCGGGUAUUUUGCAUGAUGACAAACGAAAACUUUCCCAUAUCAAGUUUUCCAAGGAUUCGUAAUUCUUGUGAUUGUUCUAGUAAAACUUGCAUCUUACUUGUUUUCUUAAUUUCCUGUAAUUCUUGUAAAAUAAAAUUAUAUUACCCAAACAUCUUUCCUAUUUAAGUGUACCGAUAAAUGUACGGAAUGUUGUUUACUAAACUGACGUAAACAUUUGUCAAAAUGUGGUUAAGGAAUAGCUUUCAGAACUAACAACACGAUAGGAAAAUUUUUCAAAAACAAUAAAACGAAAUGUCCCAAAUCUCAAAAAUCAGGUGUCUAUAGGUUGAAAUGCGGAUCUUGUCCUAAAAUUUAUAUUGGACAAACAGGUAGAACACAUUUUUGACGACAAUUUUGAUAUUUUACAUACAGCCACAAAAAGUAGAAAAUUAAAUUUAUUGGAAGCCAUGGAGAUGAACAAAAUCAAACGUUCAAAUGUAUUGCUUAACGAUCAAUUAGAUUUAAAUACCUCUCCAUUAUUAAACUUAAAUUCUCACAACAUCUAUUAAGUUUUUAUUGUCAUUUCUCGGUAUAUAUAGUAGCAGGUAGUUUGUAAAUACUACAUUUGAUAAAGACAGGGUGUUGUCGAAGCAAUUGUCAUGUGAAUUUCGUGAAAAUCUGAACUUUUAGUUCUUAUUUAUUUUGUUAACUGGAUUUUCAUCAAGUAAAAGCCACCUCAAUUCGAUAAGCUUUAUACGUUGACCGUUUUUUAAACCAAGGGUUUGAUCCGUUAUUCUCGUAUUUAUCUCGUUCGCUUUAUUUUUCCAACCCUGUCGCCAUAGUGCACGCUCCUAAUGAAGGGCAGGGUACCGACCAAAGAGGACCUGCGUAAGACGCUCCACGGCAUCGCGCAAUCGACCGCGUUCCUCAGCUUUACCGGCUUCGGGUACUCGCUGUUUCUGUGCUCGCUGAGGCGACUCCUCGGCCACUUCAACGUGCUAACGGUGUCCGCAUUGCCGGCUUUCCUCGCGAGCGCGUUGGCCAUCUUGAUCGAGAGGCCGUCGCGCAGGACCCUGCUCUGUCUCUACGUCAGCAACGUCGCGACCGAAACCGUGUGGAACAUGCUGGUCGCACGGCACCUGGUGCGGAACGUCGCCUACGGCGACGUCGCCAUCUUCGGCGCCAGCAUGGCCCUGCUGCUGACGUAUUUCAAGGGGGGCUGCCACAAGGAGACGAACGAUCCUAUGUUCCGCGUCCUCAGGUUCGUAUUGGGGCCCUACGAGGAGAAAGACUUCCGGCCGCGGUCCAGCCAGAUGAACACAUUCCACAGGCAGCAGGCGACGACGACCAACGACCCGGACGACGGGCGGGGCUGGCGGCGACGGCAGGGGGCGCCGCCCCGCAAAAACCGCGUCCUGGCCUUCGUCGCCGGCGCCCUCAAAGCCUACAAGCGUCUCGUGUACCGGCUGAAGUGUGGCGACAGGCACCACGCGUGCCCCCACCCGUUCGGGUGCCUCUACUACGUCGUGCAGGGUGGGGCCAAGAUGUUCGGCGUCGGUUUCGCGAUCCAGGUGGCGUUGAAGUUCGCGCUCAACUCGCGACGCGUCCUCAGGUCGGCGGCGGCUGCCCGCCACCUGUUCAUGCGCAAGGAGACCCUCGGCCUCGGGCUCUUUCUCGGCACCUACUCGGCCGUCUUUAGGGGGGCGUUGUGCGCGCUGCGCCGCCUGUAUGGCGAAGACAGGCCGUGGUACGCGGUGCCGGCGGGUCUGCUGGCCGCGUUCGCCUUCAAGAGGUACCCAGACACCACGGUGGCGCUCUACGUGAUGUGGAAAGCGGCCCAGAUUACUUACAGCUUGGGCAUCCAGAAGGGUUAUUUGCCGGAGGUGCCGGGCUUCACGGAGCUCCUCUACUGCGUGAGCACCGCCGUUUUGUUUCACGCGGCGAUUUUGGAACCGACCAAUCUCAGGCCGAGCUACUGGAAGUUUUUGCAUUCCAUAUCGGGCGGUAGGAUCGCUUGCAUGAACAGGGCGCCGUUGGACGCGUGGGGCCUCGGCACGUCGGAGUCGUUGGCCCGCGUCCUGGAAACCACCAAAACGGUGCCGGUGGUGCUGUUUUGAAAGGCGCUCUCUCUCUCUCCGACCAUUGGUUAACACGUUACCAAAGAGUUGAUUUUUUUUUUACGCUACGUCACGCGAGAUGCUUAAGUUAGGUAUAUUUUUUAUAGUUACAUAUCGCCUAAUAAAGACGUU